UGGUUUGUCCACCAGGUGGCAUGUAGCAAUUGUUUUCAUACAGUUGCUCAUGCUGUUGUCCUACCUGUUCAACCUGCCAAAGACUUACACCAAGCCACUCCCCCAACCCCCAUCAUUCCUCAGCAGAACUACCUGAUGACAGAGCGGAGCAAGUUCCUUGUAAACAAUCUAAGUUUAUAUUAAACAGAGGGGGGCAGGUGACUUGCAAAGUAUUUGUGCAGCUCUUUUAAAUCUGAAGAUUAGGGUGAGUGGCUUCUGGGCCAGUGUCAUCUUUACUUUCUCCCCUCACUCUUUGAGAGCUCAACUUGAAGAGAAGGCUUCACAUUGUGGCACCACUGAAGGGGUACAUCAUGGGUUCAGAUGAGGCCUACAACUUUGUCUUUAAGGUGGUUCUGAUAGGUGAGUCCGGCGUUGGCAAAAGUAACCUGCUCUCCCGCUUCACCAAGAACGAGUUCAACCACGACAGCCGCACCACCAUCGGGGUGGAGUUCAGCACACGCACAAUUCAACUGAAAAGUCUCAUCAUCAAGGCUCAAAUCUGGGACACGGCUGGGCUGGAGCGGUACAGGGCCAUCACCUCCGCUUAUUAUAGAGGAGCUGUCGGAGCGCUACUGGUCUAUGACAUCACCAAGCAUCUGACCUAUGAGAGUGUGGAGCGCUGGCUUAAGGAGCUCUAUGAUCAUGCAGACCCUCACAUCGUAGUCAUGCUGGUGGGCAACAAAACUGAUCUGGGGUCAGAGCGAUCGGUGCCCACUGAGGAGGCGAAGGACUUUGCAGAAAAGAAUGGCCUAUUGUUCUUAGAGACAUCAGCCUUGGAGUCCACAAAUGUUGAGACAGCAUUCCAAAAUGUCCUUGGAGAGAUCCACAGGAAGGUGAGCAGUAAAGAGGUGACCCGGGGGUCCAUUAGUGCCGUGUCUCUGGCCAGCCCCGUCCCCAGAGCUGCAGGCGACCCUGAAGAGAAGAAGCCCUGCUGUAGGGACCUCUGAUGGGAAAACCACCCAGUGUGUGUGUGGGGGAGGGGG